GAAAGAGAAAGGAGAAGAUCAAAUUUAAGCAAUAGGCUGCUGCCAUGUCCCUGCACUUCAGCCUACUAAAACCAACAGUUCACAGAAGUGCACUCAGAACAGCAGGAGAGUUCACAAUAGCAGCUCUUAUCAUGGACACGAACACAACUUUCCCUAUUUCCCCUGGUAACCAUAGCCACAUGAACUACACCUGUUCCCGUGACAACGUCCUGAAGACUGUAAUUUUACCUGUCCUGUAUUCGCUCCUGUUCCUGGUGGGACUUACACUCAAUGGCGUGGCCAUGUGGGUGUUCCUUCGUAUCCCCUCCAUGUCUCAUUUCAUCAUUUAUCUCAAAAAUAUUUAUCUCAAAAAUAUUGUGGUAGCAGAUGUCAUCAUGACUUUCACUUUUCCCUUUAAGGUGCUGUCUGACUCCAACAUGGCCUCCACUGGGCUUCGGGUUUUCGUAUGUCGUGUCUCAUCUGUCCUCUUUUACCUCACGAUGUACAUCAGCAUCCUGUUCUUCGGCCUCAUCAGCAUCGACCGCUGCAGAAAAACACUGACACCAUUUCGGGGCACAAAUACAGCCCGCUUAGCCAGGCGCAAAAUUCUGUCAGGCUUCAUAUGGACUGCAUUAUUGAUUCUCUGCCUACCCAAUGUCAUUCUAACUAAGAAAACUCCAAAAUCUCAUUACUUCAAAUGCAGUGACCUCAAGACACCAGCUGGUCUAUAUUGGCACGAGGUGGUUAACCAUAUCUGUCAGGUGAUAUUCUGGGGCAACUUAGCCACAGUGAUGAUUUGCUAUACCCUCAUCUCCAAAGAGUUGUACAGGUCGUACGCUCGCACCAAGAGUCACCAACAAAGUGAAGGAGAGAAUGCACAGGGUCUCAGUGGCAUGGCUCCCAAAUCUCAUCGCACCAAAAGAAUAAUGAAUCCAAAAGUGUUCUUAGUCUUGGUAGUAUUCUUCGUGUGCUUUGUGCCAUUCCACUUUGCCAGGGUGCCAUACACAAUCAGCCAAACAAGGGUGGAUAAGUUUGAUUGCCAACAGAAACUUCAACUUUAUCAGCUGAAGGAGAGUAUGCUUUUCCUGUCAUCUCUUAACUCUGUUCUGGACCCCCUCCUCUACUUCUUUCUGUGCAAAUCAUUCAGAACUAAGUUGUUCAAAAGCUUGCGUUUGCCUCUCGGUACAUGUAGCAGGCUCACAGGAAGAAGUUCUGCUUACAUGGAUUCAAGUGCAGUCAUGUAAGAGACUGUUAAUUCAGGUUUCCUUUAACCGUAAAUCUAUUGCUAAAAGGCACCUAUUAAUCAAACAUAGAGUCACCUGUGAGAUUUACACUAAUCAGGUGUAUGAGCUCUGACAGGGGAAAUGUUAUGUUAAGUUUAGCUUGUCAAUAUUACACAAGCUAAUUGUGUAAGUGCCACAUUGUGAUGGCAAUCUAAGUGUGUUAGAGCAUCUCCAAAUAUGCUUCUCUGUGGGAAGCUCUUAGUCUUCAGAUGUUGGAAAUGUUAUUAUCAAAUGUGUCCCAAGCAAGAACUGUGGAGGUGGGGUCAGAUUUCCAGUAAUACAUAACAGAAGGUGGGAGCAUAACUAAUAGGAAUGAACAGGUGGUUAGAAUGUUGCUCUCACCAUGCACUAUGCAAAUGUAUGAUAAGUUUGUAGAAUAAGUGGGAGUUAUUGUACACAAGGCAUGAAGUUUUUUUCACUUUGUUUUACCUAAAGGAAGAGUUCAUCUUUUGCUAUCACUUUAUGCUUUACCACUAUAAAAUACAUGCUGUAUAUGAAAUGGCUUAUGAACAUAAAAAAAACUGAUAUGAAUAAUAAUUCACAACAUGUGCACUGGAGCUCUAUGUCUAAGUCUUGCCUUGGCAGGUCAGGUUUGGCUGCCAAGAUUAUUGAUCUACUGCAGAGGUUGUCAGUAAUGGAAAGAACUUAAUACGAUAUGGAACAGAAACAGGCUUUGUCUUUCACCAAUCAUCUUUUAUGAAAUCUGA